CAACAAAAAUCAAAAACAUAUUUAGAAGACAAAAUUCAUUUUUAAAGGGUGCUUAUUUUUAUUGUAGAUAUCAUGUCUGGCUCAAGGUAAAUCAUGGGAUGAAAAGAAAUCUCCAGCACAGAACUACACAGGCAAUCUCAUAGGGUCAUCAAUAGGCAAAAAUGCUAGUAAUAGCUAUUCAAACACCAACUCUUAUCAAUCGUCAAACAGUGGUGAAUGUUAUCAAGGAGGCUACCAGAAUUACAACUCUACUGAAUAUAAAAACCAGACAGAAGCAUUUUUCAGUAAGAAACAGAUGGAGAAUGCAAAUAGGAGAGAUGAUAUUCCACCAAGCCAAGGAGGAAAAUAUAGUGGAUUUGGUUAUUCAAUGGAUGCUCCACCAAGAAGUCAAUCUCAAGAGUUUGUAGAUACUGCCAUGUCAUCUCUUGCCAGUGGAUGGUCAUUCCUCUCAUCAUCUGCCACCAAGAUAGCAAGUAAAGCAACUGAAAAUGCAGUCAAAUAUGGAGGCAUUGCAAGUCAAAAGGUCAAAGAAGGUACAAUGUUAGAGGAUGUUCAAUCGCAGGUUACUACCUUAGCAAAUAAGGUAAAUAUGGAAAAAAUAAACAUAUUGGCAAAAUAGCAGUAAUCUUUAAAUUCUUAAUACAAUAGCAGAUAGCCAGAUAG